GAAAAAAAAUACUGAAACAUACCAUUUUUUUUUAAGAUAUUUUGUGUGUGUGUGCCGUUAACUUCGCAUUUUAUGUGCAUAAGAGAUUUAUAAAUACAUAUGUAUAUAAUUAUAACUUGUUUUUGAUUUUGCAAAAAAAAGGAAUAAAAUAAAAAAAAUUUAUGUGACAAGACAAUUUAAAAUUUUUAUUUUACUUGUUUUUUUUUAUUGUGGUUUCUGUUAUUCACUUUUUAUAUUCUAAUUUACUAUUAUUUUCCUAUUGUAACUAUUAAAUAAAUAUUUUUUGCGUGUUUUUUAAUCACAAAUUAAAAUCUAAUAAAUGUAAAAACUAAAAUUGUUUUUAAAACUAUGUAUUUCUUAAAAAAAAAUAGGAAUUAAAAUAUAAGUACAUAAUGAAGAAUUAAAAAAUAAAAUUUAAAAAGAUUUUAACAUUUAGCUGCAAAAUCUCCAAAUAAAAAAAUAAAAGCACAUACAUACAUCCAUAUAAAAAACGAAUCAUCGCACACUCAUAACAUUGUUGUUGUUAAAAUUUAAAAACACGGGAACUAAAUGAAAUAAAAAAAAUACAGAUAAAUUUAAUUAAUAAUAAUAAUAAUUUAAUUUGUAAACGUAAAAUACAAUUAAAUUUUUCAAAAAGAAAUGCAAAAAAUAAUUUUUUUUUCCUUUUUUUUUUAUCUGUUUUAGUUUUCUAAUUUUUGAUUUUCUGUGUUUGUUUUUAUUUUUUAACUAUAACUUUAAAUCAGUGUUAUACACAAAAAAUAAGAAAACAAAAGAAGAAAAAUAUUUGAAAAAGAAGAAAUAAAAUAAUAAUAAAUAAUAUUUAAAGUAAAACAAAAAAAAUAAAAUGAGUGAGCAAGUUGUAACAAUAAAUUUGUAUGAUGCACCUGCACCUCCUGCAUCUGGCAACAUCUCAACAUCUAAUUCUCAUGUAUCACUUGGAACCAAAUGUAAUUCAACUGCCGUUUCUGAUAGUCCAAUCACUGAUCCGGGAUCUGGCGGCAAGGAAAUGGAUUCAUCAAAAUUAUUUAUUGGACAACGUAUUAAAAUGAAUUUACCGAAAUUUGAUUUGAUGGUAUCAACAGCGGGCAAUGCUCUUCGUAAUUUUCGCAAUAGGAACACAGGAUCGUUUGAUAUAGAAAUGAUGUCAUUGGACUCAAAACAAUCGGGUGCAUUAAAAAAGUCGUCCAGAUAUAGAAGUCGAUCUCUUUCAGCUUCAUCAUCAGAUUCAUACAGUUCAGCAUCAUAUACUGGAAGCAGUUCCGAAGAUGAUGAUAUUUCACCCAGAGAAAAAGUACAAAAAAAUUUUAAAGGAUCAUCUGAUUUUUGUGUACGGAAUAUUAAUCAACAUGCUUUUGGUCGUCGUGAAAUCGAAAUUGCUGAACAAGAGAUGCCGGGUAUUAUGGCUUUAAGAAAGCGUGCAAGCGAUGAUAAACCAUUAAAAAAUGCUAAAAUUGUUGGAUGCACACAUAUCAAUGCUCAAACAGCGGUACUAAUUGAAACCCUAGUUGAAUUGGGAGCAUCAAUAAGAUGGGCUGCAUGUAAUAUAUAUUCUACGCAGAAUGAAGUUGCUGCAGCUUUAGCUGAAGCUGGUUAUCCAAUAUUCGCGUGGCGUGGUGAAACUGAGGAAGAUUUUUGGUGGUGUAUAGAUAAAUGUGUUAAUGCUGAAAAUUGGCAACCAAAUAUGAUAUUGGACGAUGGGGGUGAUGCAACACAUUUAAUGUUAAAAAAAUAUCCAGCAAUGUUUAAAAUGGUAAAAGGUAUUGUUGAAGAAAGUGUUACAGGAGUUCAUCGCUUAUAUCAAUUGUCAAAAUCUGGUAAAUUAACAGUACCUGCAAUGAAUGUUAACGAUUCCGUAACUAAAACAAAAUUUGAUAAUUUGUAUAGUUGCAAGGAAUCAAUAAUUGAUAGUUUAAAGCGUUCAACGGAUGUUAUGUUCGGUGGUAAACAGGUAGUGAUUUGCGGAUAUGGCGAAGUCGGAAAGGGAUGUGCACAAGCAUUAAAAGGUCUUGGCUGUAUUGUUUAUAUUACAGAGAUAGACCCAAUAUGUGCAUUACAAGCCAGUAUGGAUGGUUUCCGUGUUGUCAAAUUAAACGAAGUUGUUCGUAGUGUUGAUAUAGUUGUUACAGCUACAGGUAACAAAAAUGUUGUUAAUCGUGAUCAUAUGGAUAAAAUGAAGAACGGGUGUAUUGUUUGCAAUAUGGGGCAUUCUAAUACAGAAAUCGAUGUGAAUAGUUUACGCACACCAGAAUUAACAUGGGAAAAAGUAAGAUCACAAGUUGAUCAUAUAAUAUGGCCAGAUGGUAAACGUAUAAUAUUAUUAGCAGAAGGACGUUUAGUUAAUUUAUCAUGUUCAAGUAUACCAUCAUUUGUUGUAUCUGUAACGUCGGCGACACAAGCAUUAGCAUUGAUUGAAUUAUUUAAUGCGCCUCCAGGGCGUUAUAAAUCAGAUGUUUAUUUAUUACCGAAAAAAAUGGACGAAUAUGUGGCCAGUUUACAUUUAUCGACGUUUGAUGCCCAUUUAACAGAAUUAACCGACGAGCAAGCAAAAUAUAUGGGAUUAAAUAAAGCUGGUCCUUUUAAGCCUAAUUAUUACAGGUAUUAGAAAACAGAAAAGAAAAAAAACUUUAUGCUGAAUUUCAAUUUUUUGUUUUUAAAUUGGCAUUUUAAAAAGAAACAAAGCAAAAGAAAAUCAACAGUAAUUCCAAAAUAAAUAAAGAAAAAGAAAACCUUAAAUGUUUUAGUUGUAUAAGAAAGUUUAUUAUUAUGAAACAACAAUUGAAAAAAAAUAUAGUAAUUAGAAAAUGCUUAAAAAAAAUCAACAAUAAAUGAAAAAAAAAAUUGAUAAUAAUUAAAUUAAAUAUAAUUUAAAACAUUAAAGUAUUUAGAGAUUAAAAAAUUAAAAAAAAAUUUUAAAAAUUAGUUAAAAAAAAUUGAAUUAUUUUAUUUUUAGUUUCUGAUUUAAAAGUAAAGAUUUGCAAAAUAAAAACAAAAUAUGUAAGCAUGUAUUUAUAUAUGUAAUAAGUAUAUACUUAUUACAUAUUUAUAUACUUAUUUAACAACUAAAUACUUAUGUGUAUAAGUGUAUGUAUAUACUUAUUACACACACACACACACACACACAUAUAUAUAUAUAUAUAUAUAUAUAUAUAUAUAUAUAUAUAUAUUAUAUAUAUAUAUAUUUGUAUAAACAUAUAUAGAUAUAGAGAUAGGUAUAUUAGCAGAUAUAGGGAAUAUAUAUGUAUAAGUAUACAUCGACGUAUCAUAUCUUGUGUAGUUGCAAAUUAUAUGUGACUAUAAAAGCGUGGUAUAUAAAAAUACAGUAUUGUAGAUCAUAUAAACAGGGCAUACGGAACUACUGUAUACCCGUCGCGGCGCUUCUUUUGGUGCCGGCAAGUCACUACAGCUUCCACUUGAGAUCCACUCUCCUCUACUAAAGUGAAUGUGUAGUUCACCAGUAUUUCUUUUCUUCUGAGAGCGAAAACAUCACAUUCGCACCCUACUUUUUUUUAUAAAGAGAAAAAACAAUAUCAAUUUCUAAGUUUUUAUUAAUUAUUCGAGAUAAAAGGUUAAUAUUUAAAUUCAGAUUCAACACCAAUUUAAUUUAUUCAGCAUUAUAUAUAAUUAAAAAUUACAAUUACAUCGCUUAAUGAAUUGAGUUGAUGAUAUUUUUCUUUUUUGUAAAAAUAUUUCAUUUUUACAAAAUGAAUAAAAAUUGAUACAUCGUUAUAUAUAAAAGUAUUAUGAUAUAUAUUUCAAUAUUCAGUGCCCAAGAACUAAAGAUUAAUUCUAAAAAGUAUUAUGCAAGAAUGAAGACAAUUUCAUUUAGGAAUAUCAAAUUAAUUUACAGUGUUGUAAUGCGAUUCAAAAAAUUAUUAAAUUUUGGGCUGUGGAUCACUCAUUGUUCAACUUUGCUUUAAGCAUAUCAUCAUAAAUAGUGUAAGGCACUUUCUAUAUAUUUAUGUGUAUAUAUGAAUAUAUAUUUACGUAUGUAUUACUAAAAUUAUAUAAAUUAUAAUUAUAGUAUAAAAAAAUAUAUAAAAAUGAAAUAAAAAGCAAAACAUAUUUUAUUUAUAGAAUUACACCAAGAAAAAAAAAUAAUUAAAAAACGUAUUGCGUCAUAUAUAUAUACUUAUUGGAUAUUUGUAUUCGUAUUAUACAGUAAAUUACUAAAAAAUUAUAGUAUAUAAAUUAAAAAAUGAAUUACAAAGUAUUAUAAUUUACAAUAUUAUACUUUUUUGUAUUUUGAGCGAAUAAUGAAAUUAGGAGAACCCGAGUUUCAGAAAGUUUCAAUUUACAUUCUGAAAUUGAAUUUGUAGGGGUCCGUCCGGCAUACGAUAUCAUAUUAAAAUAUUUUUAUUAUAAAUGAGUUUUCGGAAAAAAAAAAUUUUAUGUGUUGUUUCUUUUAAAUUUAAAUUUUGUGAAAAAAAGUUAUUUUAAACAAAUGUAUCUACAGAACAAUAAGCUUAAUGCACACGAUUAUCUAGUGGUCUCUGUGUGCCUUAAAAAGUAGUUUGAAAAUUUUUCGGAAAAAAAACUGAAGUGAAUCAUUUCUUUCGUACCCAAAAUCCAUAAGUUUAAAAAGUACUUCAUUUGAACUAUUUUAUUAUUCAAGAUUUUUUUUUAAUUUUAAAACAAUUUACUGUAUAAUAUUUUCAUAUAAUAUAAAAAGUUUUUGUUUUUUUGUUCACUGUAAAAAUAUAUAUAUUAAAAUUAUACAUAUACUGAAAUUGUUAAAAAUAUUUGAUAUAUGUAUACAUAUUUAAAAUACAUGUAUGCAAGAAAUUUGUUAGAAUUUUAUAAAAAAAAAAUUAAGCAAUUUUCAUUUAAUUUUUAUGCAUGUAAAAACAAAGUACAUUGAUUUUGUAAUUUUGAGAGUUUUAUUUGGAAAUUCUGGUUUUAUUUUUUUUUAUUGUCUAUUGUAUUAUAAAACCCUUGACUUCAAAGUUGCAGUAUAAUUAUAAUUCUUCGUACUAAUACAUAAUUCAACAACGAAGAUCUGUAAGUUGAAUUGUGUAUUAAUAUCAUAUUACUGUAAUUUCGAAGUCAAAGAAUUUGUUCUUAAUAAAUACUGGCAUUUUUAAAUGCUAAAGCGAACAUUAACACUUAUAAUGAUGAACAGCAGCUUACUUAUAAUGAUUUAUUAUAACAAUAUUAAUUAAAAUAUAUAAAACAAAAACAAAAAAAAAAACAAAAACAUAAUUUACAAGUAUUUUGUGGUAUGCAAUAUUGCACGUAUAAGAAUUUUUAUUACUGAAAGUAUAUUUAAAUACAUAAAAAUAUUAAUUUGAUUUAGUUUUUGUUUUUGAAGAUACUUUAAGCAAUUGUAUUUUCCACUAAAAGAAAAUAAAAUGCAUACGAAAAGGAAUGCCCCUAACUUCAAAAUUACAGUAGAUACAAUACAUAAUUCAGCUUAUAAGUUCUAAUUACUGAACAUGUUCUAAUGUAUGAACAGUAUUACUGCAACAUUGAAGUGAGCGAAACAAAAAGUAAAAAUUCAUUAUCAUUUUCAAUUAAUGAAAAAUAAAUUUCAAUUAAUAAAAAAAAAUUUAUGUAUGUUUUAGUUUCAUUUUAAAUUAUGAAUUCUAAUGUAUAUGUACAUAUACAUAGUUUUAUUUUUGUAGAAAAAAAAUAUAUUAGUUUUGAUAUAAAUGUAAAUUUUGAAAUAUUAAUCUUUAAUUUGACCUAAAAUUGUGUAACACAUACAUUAUUCACAUAGAACAAAACUUUUCAAAUUAUUUUUUCUAAUGCACCACUUUGAACAAAAAAUUAGACAUUUUCUUUUAGCACUUUUGCUCUUUGUGGUUAUUUAACUCUUUUUAAGAGUUUUUGCGUUUGUUUAUUGAGACAAAUUUUUUAAUUUUAGUGCGCGAAAAUUUUUGUUCUACGUGAACUUUCUUUGAAUCACAUCAUUUUUGUUUUGACAUUUAAUUGAAUUUUGUUUUUGGUAGUUUUACACCACACAUUAUUAAGAAAAAAAAUAAUGGUCAUAAUAAUUGUCAAUUUUGUAUUUAUAAAAAAAUAAAAAUAAAAAAAAAUAUUUCAGUUUCUAAAAACAAAAAUUACAUAUAAAAAAUUUAUGUUAAUAAAAAUAUAUAAAUACACAAUAAUUAUGUAAUAGCUUAUUUACUGUUUAUAUAUUUGAGGGUUCUUUCUGAGAAUCUAAAAAUAAUAUAAAGGUUACUUUUGAUACGAUAUGAUUCCCAGAAUUAGACCUCUUAAAAUGAACAAAAUAUAAACAGAAAUAAAUCAUACAAUAUUUUUAUUAUACCAUUACAUUAUUAAUUGUUUAUAUAUAUUUUUUAGGAAUGGGAUUAAAAGCAAUUUUUUUCAAAUUCUUACAAAGGUACCUAUGUCACAAUAUUUUUUAUUGACAUUUUUUCUCUUUAAUUUCGUUAUGGUCUUCAUUGUAAUUGUAACAGGCCUAGUAAAAUUAAUAUAAUCAAAUCUGAAAAUUUCUCCCUUAAUAAACCCUUAAAUCUUAGUUGCGUAAAUUAAAGAAAAUCAUUUUCUCAAAAAUUAUUUUCGCUAAUAUAUAUAAUAAUACCAAUUUUAUUUUUAUAUUGUAUAUAUCUUUUAUAAUUUUAAUCGCAUAUCGUGUUUAUCCUUAAUCUAAAAAAAAUCUUUAUUCGAUUCAGGAAGUUGUCCUUGCUAUCCUUUUUAUAACUAAAUUAUAUUUUUGACAAAAAAAAUUUAAUUGUUACCAUGCUCCCCUCUCCUUUCCCCUCGUCUACCAAUUGGUUAAUUUCUCUUAAAUUCUAAAAAUUAUAUAACUUCACAACGAAUACGAUAAUCAAUAAAAAUUUUAAUAUACAUUAUUUUUUUUCUGGUUUUAAUUAUGCAAUGAAAAAAAAAAAUUUUAAUUAAAUUGAAAAUUUCAGAAAAGUUUACGAGAAUACUGUUGACAUGUUUGCAAAAUAUUUUCCCAUCCGCUAACCUUAAAACUAUAUCUAGAUAAAUACUUUUAAAAAUAUAAUAUUUGUACAUAUAUGUAUGUAUAAAUUUAUUUUCCCGGCUGGCAAUGUUAUUUGAGCUGUCAUAUUAUUAAUCCUAGAUAUUUUAGCGACAAAAAAUACACUUGCUUUCUUAGUAUAAAGAAAAAAAUUGAAUAUUUAUAUAAUUAAACUCGCGAUAAUACGGUUAUAUUUAUAUAUAUGUAUAUAUAUACAUCUAUAUAUAUGUAUAUUGUAUGCAUGCGUCAAUAUACAAAUAUUUAUGUAUAUACUACAUAAUGUAUAAAAAUUACAAUACAUAAUAUGUAUAUAAAAUUUCUAUAUUAUAAUGAUAAAAAUAUGUACAUAAAUAAAAUUUUAGAA